AUGGUCACAAGUCUUCAAAAGCCCAAGCUGCGUGCCAAGACGGGCUGUCUCCCAUGCCGACGACACCGCAUCAAGUGCGACGAGCAAACUCCCGUCUGCCGAGCCUGUCAUUCCUCACGAGUCCCGCGGCAUUGUCAAUGGCCUGUGGACAAAGACCUUGUCGACCGCCGCUUCCGAUCAUGCAAGCUUCGCGAGGCUGUGAAGGCUCGUCAUCAUCAACCGGUGCUCUCGCCGUCAGCAGUGGCAUCGCAGCUUCUGCUGGCCGACUGUGUCGUGGCUCGUAAGCGGGAACAGUGUGACAUCGAAUGGACACUCUUCCGCGAGUUUCGCCGUGGGGGAACACCACUUCUUUUACUACCGCAUUGCAGCUCCGUCUUCUACAAGACCUGGCAUGCAGCUAUACGCGCUAUCAUGGUGUCGCGCAAGAGUCUGUCGCCUGCUCUCAUGGCGUGCGCUACGUCCUUCGUUUCGGUCAGAGGAGGGCCUCCGGGCAUGUAUCAGGUCUCUCAUCAAUACUAUACCGACUCAUUGUCCAGGCUCGCAGGCUUGCUCUGUCAAAGUUCACCAGAGAAUGAUGACGAUAUACUUAUCACCAUUGUGCUUUUGUACGCUUUCAACUUCAUAUCUGGCUCUUCCUCAUGGGACGAUCAACCUCAACACGUCAGUGCUGCCUUCAAGAUUAUCCUCUCACGGGUACUCAACGUACGAAACGCUGGCUUGUCGGCCUUUCUCCGUCUGUCACUCGAGAGUGUCCUGUACCAGGUCUUCCUAUUAAACAACGGUCUUUGGUCUAGCGCGACUAGCUACGUGUCCCUCCAACCGUCAAACUCGGGGUUUUGGGCCCGCUCUGAGAAGCUCCUAGAGCAUCCUGACAAUAUGGACUUUGACCUUUUGACCUUCAAUAGUCCCGUCCUCGGUAUGCCCUUGGCCGUGAUGCGACUCGCCACCUUUCUCGGCCACCUUUGUCUUGGAAGAGAAUCCGCAUCCAUGGAAGAUCUGUUGAAGCUUCAGGCCGAGGUCACAGCCUGGGAAGAUUUUGCCCGACAGGCUGCGAAACAAAUCGAUGCUUCCAACACACUGAACCGAGAUGCACACUGCUUAUACGUCCUGGUCGCUUUCAUUCUCAUGCAGCACCUCAUGGCUUAUGGCCCAAACACAGGACUUCCCAGGGUGUCUCCCACAGAUAGUUGGCAAGCUUGUGCAGCACUUCAAAUCCUGUCCAGACGUGCUGGUGAUCAUCGCUGGUCCGAGUGUUUCAUCGGGACCUGGCCUGUAUACGCUCUCGGGUUCUUGCUAUCUGACGGUAAGGAUAGAGACAUUGUGCGGCGCGACAUGCAACGUCGACGGGAGCUCACAGGCUUCUGGAUAGUCAAGCGCUUUCGAGAGGACUUGGAGAGGUCCUGGGCCGGGCUCGAGACAGACUCAUCUUCGGCAUCCGUCAACUACAAUAUUCCAUACACAGCCGAUGCCACCUCUAUCCAGUCUCCCAUGUCAAUCAUAGCUUUUUGA